AGGACAUAGACUUUGGUUAUAUUUUUGAUAACUGCGUGGAGCUAGAAAUCUGAACGGAUGCCUGUGCCACCGCCGCCACCACCACCUCCUCCUCCACCGCCCCCUCUGCCUUCUGGAGGGCCCCCUCCACCACCGCCUCUGCUUCUGUUAAGACUCACAGUGUUCAGUGGUAGGUGUUGCUCUUUCUAGCAUAUGCUGUCUUCCUGGGGAUACAGCACAAUGUGCUUUUAUACAUGUGCAGGAACAACUACGGCUUCCAACAGAUGAUUGCUCUGUGUGUCAUUAAGCAGAACAUGUGUCCUGCCAGUAUGUUUGCAAGAAGAGGAGGAUGCUCUGAGUGAAGUUUCAGGGUAUUGCGUUUUCAUACCUUCAUAAUCAAUUAUUGUACUUAUGGUAAAACAUACGUAAGUCAUGCCUUGUGUUCUGCAAUUAAUUGUUCAUAGCCUGUUUCUGCACUGAAACUCUUAGACUGUUUUUGAAAGGGUGAAACCUGGCAGGGUUGUAUUCAACACAUAAUAUCUCUCCUGACUCUUUUUUUUCAUGUAUUUUUCUGUCACUGCUGUAAUUAUUUGCAGUGUAUGUUAGUCCCUGUAGUAAAACAGUACAUGGUACUUUAAAUGUACUUCAGAUUAUUAUUAUUUUUAAGAACUUUAUUUCUCCCUUGCAUUCUCUGGCAUCUUUGCCUGUUUUGUUCCCAUGAAUGUCUAUAGAUUUUGUUUGAUAAUGUUCUUAUCUUCCUUCAGGAGAAGGCUUCCUUGCUUGUUUCUCUCUGCUACUUUGCAGGCUGAACUAUUUUGUAAAACGCUCUGUGAACUGUGGAGAUGAAGAAGAGGAAGACACAGACAGCACGUGAAAUCAGCAGUGCUUGAUUCCUUUUUUCAUUCUGUUUUACCUUUGGGCACCAUGAGCAGCGUUCUCAGUUAGCAGCUCUUCUGGAUUGGUGCGCAACCUAUAAUGAGAUACUAAAAUUAAUGGGCUGAAUUUUGUGAGCAACUGAAUCCCCACAACUGCAGUUAAAGUCAAGAGAAGCUGCAAGUGUUCUUAUCCUAAUACAUUUAGUGCAGUAAAUAUCUAGAGAUAUUUUUAAACUUCUCUAACGUAUGUCAAUUGUAAAAGACUUGAGAAAGCUAAGAGUACCCUGAAAGACCAGUGUGAACAAGUUCAGCUUUUUGUUUCCCCUCCUUUUCUGAUGACUAGAAUCACUACUAUGACAGGAUUUUGAUGCAAGGGGGCUUAUGCUGUAUUUCUUUAUUUUAGUUAGAUCAUUCUAUUUCAAAUGUCAUCUGCUGUGUGUAAGACAUACAGAAAUUAGAGUCAGUUUUAUCUUGGUGAUAGGAUAAAAACUAAGCAUAUUUCUAAUUAAUGUCUGAUAUUACAUUCUUAAUUUUAAAGAGUGUUGACACUGAAAAGAGCACAUGAACCAACAUAAAGAAAACAAUGUGACAGAACAUUGAGGUUUUUUUGUAACAGCAAAAGGAUCUUUCCCUGUCCAAACUGAUUCAGAGAGGGCCAACUUUGAGAGAUCUGUAGUCUCCCUGGUGAGUUCAGCAGGAGUACAAUGUAAGAGUCAGCUGGUGCCAAGUUGCAGAGUAAAAUCUUAUAAUUGGGGAAUCCAUGAAAACUUGCUACAAACCCCAUUUUCUUUUACUAGGAAGCUGUUUUCUGGUACCUGGCAUCUGUAUUUUACAGCUGCUAAACUGCCCAGCUGUUGUUACAGCUGCUAAAUCUGCAGUUGGAGGAUGGAAGAAGAAAAAUUCUAACAGGCACGUAGGUUUAAGGAAAACCUUCAAAGCAAAUAAGUUUUAUUUGAGCAACAACUGGAAACAUUCCAAAGUAAACAGCACUGUGAUUUUUAUUAUACUGAUAUAAUUAAACCAGAGUAACAUUUACAUGUUAGCAAUUAGAAGUUAGGUUUUAAUUUUGCUAUUGAUGUGCAGGCAAUCCACUACUUUAAUUUACUUGAUUUAUGUUAGAAGAGAAAUGUCUGUGUGUAGGUUGAGGUUUUAGAAUCCUGUCAUUUUGCAUUAUGCCAUUGCAUGGGUACCAUGGACUUCUCUUGCUUUUCUAAUUACAUGGAAAAUACCCGUACUUUCCGCUUGUUUUCAUUGUUAAGAGAUUUUUCGCAGAAGUAUUCACCACGUUAUCUUUUUUUUGGCACAUUUUCUUAAGUGAAUAUGAUGAGCCAUGGUCCCAAAUGAUUUUGAGGUCCUUACUUCAUUGAAAUCCUAAGUACUGUUGGCACUUGACUUUUCUGUACUGUUAACUCUGUCUUAAGGCAGAAGAAAUUUAGGUCCUUUCCUACUGUUUUCAAAGAUUUUGGAUUUGCAGAUAUUCUGCAAGUAUUUGUACUGAAUUCUGCUCACAAAAGUUGUUGCAAGAUAAUAGUAAAGUGGCUUGGAGAUGGUACUUCAGACGUGUUAGGAGCCACCUGUGCCCAACAGCUGAAAAGCUUCUGGCUAUUAGAGCUUGCUUAAAAGAAAACAAAGUGGACUUUUCAGGAGGGAAUGGUAGGGUAUCUGUGAUAGCAGAUGUAGGUGGCUGAGUCAAAAUGUAAAUAUAGUUAAUUGGAUGAAUUGAGCAUGUCUUCAAGUGCCUGCCUAGAGAAAGAUGAGACGGAUGAGUAGGCUGAAUAAAGCUGUGCCCCAACAUAUUUCCUGGUACUGGCUUACAGAAUUCAAAUCUUUUUCUCUUUCCCCCUCCACCCUCGUAGAGGAAACUUAGCAGGGAGGCAUUAGGUUGUUUGUCCUAAAGCUCUUUCAGUUUUAUAGGCAUGUGUGCAUCACCUAGGUAUGUUUUUUCACAGGUCUUUGUUGCUGGUUUGUGUGGGUUCUGGGGGGGCUGCGAUGGUGGUGUUUUUGUGUUUGUUUUUAAAGCUUUCUAUUUCUGAAAAAAUUAUUUUUAUUCCCCCUCUAUUUCUUUUAUCUCUUUUGCCCUUUAAUUUAUCAUAUGAAAUGUUCUGGUUGGUUUUGGCUGUCAUAUUUCCAGGAGUAGAUACCACCACUGAGAGUGACUGAAAAUUUCUCUGCUUCAUCUACCAAGAGAGGAUCAAGAGAAAGUUUUGCUUUGAUAAACCAUGUUCACUUUUUACGUGCAAUGGAGGCUGCUGUGCAGCCUUUGUCUGUACAUUUGAAUUCCUAAUGUUAUGAUCAGUCGUCACCUAUUAAAAAUGUUAACACUGAAGGAAGUGUGGAUGUGUAGCAGCCCUGCUGGGUUGUGCCUUAUUCAGAGAAGAUGUUUGUUUAAUGAUUCAUGUGUUUUUGGAGUUUAAGAAAAUACUUCUAUUCUCUUUAGACUUGUUCUUAUUAAAGCUUUAGCAUAGAAAUUAACCCCCCAAAACCAUAAUGGAUCAAAUAAUUAAAGCCAGUAAAGUAGCACCAGGAGUUUAUUUGCCUUAUUGAUGUACUGAAAACUACGAGAGCAGGAGAAGAAAGAAAUGUGCUUACCUUGGUGUGGAAAAGUGUGAAACUUGAAAUAAUGCUCAAUGCUAGACUGGUAUGUAGAUUAACCUUAAUGAUCACUGCAUUAUUAUUUGGUUUAAAAACCCAUAAUUUCUGUUGUAGAUAAACAAAUUUAUGUGUUUUCUAAGUUUGUUAUUCUGACUGGAUUUUCCCUUCUUGUAACAAAAAUUCGGAGGAGCAAUUCCUCAUGGUAGAAUACUGUGAUAAACGCAUAAUUUACACAGAGGCAGGAUUUCCAAUGUUAAGGAAAACAUCAGCUGAUAGUUUUCUUUGGGGGGAUGGUUUUUUUUCCCCUCCUUCAUACAGUUGUCAGAGUGAAAACCUUGUUGAGCUGUUUUCCCCAACCUUCCCAAGAAAUUCAGAGCGCUACAGUGCUUAUCUGAAGCUGUGUGGGAGUUGGUUUUUCUCCUGUGACAUUUAGUACUACUGUUCUUUGGCAAGAGAAAAAACAACAUAUAUACAACAUCUUGGCUGAAAAUCCUGAUGAUUUAUGGUAUUUUGAUUUAGUCUUAACCAAAUAUAAUGUGAGAAAGAGAAUGUGUGCAUAUAAGUGUGUUUAUGCAUUAAUGUGUGUACGCCUGCUAAUUAUUUAUUGUAAAAAUGAAGGUAGUUUCUUGGGUGAGCAAUAGGCUGACAGGCCAGGCUUAAAUGGUUCUGGUAAAUGGGGUUGUGUCGGGCUGGUGACCAGUCAUUAGCAGGGUUCCACCGAGAUCCCUUUUAGGGCCAGUGCUCUUUGAUGUCUUUAUAAAUGACUUAGACUCAGGACUUGAGGGGUUGCUUAGUGAGUUUGCUGGUGACACAAAACUGUGGGGAGCUGUUGACACUCCAAAGAGCAGAGGGGCCCUGGAGAGGGAUCUGGACAAAUUGGAGAAAUGGGCAAUCACCAACUGCAUGAAGUUUAAGAAGAUAAGUGCUGGAUUUUGCACCUGGGACACACUGACCCUGGCUGCACAUACAGACUGGGGGAUGAGAUGCUGGAAAGCAGCUCUGCACAGAGGGAUCUGGGGGUUCUGGUCAACGGCAAGUUAAACGUGAGCCAACAGUGUGUCCUGGCAGCCACAAGGGCCGAUUGUGUCCUGGGUGCAUCCAGCACAGCAUUGCCAGGUGGGUGAGGGAGGUGAUUGUCCCGCUCUGCUCUGCGCUGGUGCGGCCUCACCUGGAGCACUGGGUGCAGGUCUGGGCGACACAGGCUAAAAAAGAUAUAAAGCUACUGGACAGUGUCCAGAAGGCUAUGAAGGUGGUAAAGGGUCUGGAGAGGAAGCCAUGUGAAGAGAGGCUAAAGUCACUUGGUUUGUUUGGCCUGAAGGAGACCGAGGGGAGACCUCAUUGCGGCUACAGCUUCCUCACAAGGGGAACUUUUCUCUUUAGUGACCAGUGAUAGGACCUGAAGGAAUGUCAGGAAGAUGUGCCAGGGGAAGUUUAGGUUGGACAUUAGGUAAAGGUUCUUCCCCCAGAGGGUGGUGGAGCACUGGAACAGGCUCCCCAGGGAGGUGUCACAGCCCCAAGCCUGACAGUGUUCAAGAAGAGACUUGGACAACACCCUCAGACACAUGGUGUGAACUGUGGGGUUGUCACAUGCAGGGACAGGAGUUGGACUUGAUGAUCCUUGUGGGUCCCUUCCAACUCAGGACAUUCUACGAUUCUAAGUUUCCACUCGGGCCCCUAGGCAUGCAUUCAUAACACUGAAAGCGCAACAGGAUCACCCAUAGUGCCAAUUACAAGAUAAUUAGGAAUGUGUUUACUAAAAUUUUAGGUGAGCUGUGAGUAAGAUCAGAUACAAUACUUUGUCAUGAAGUUCCUAGGUCAGGAGAUACUAAAUCAUAGUAUUUAUUGCAGCUAGGUAAAACAUUCUGGAGCAGAGUGCAGGCUUGGUUACCUUGUUGAUGACUGGCCAUCAUACAGACUGUGCUGAGGGCUGGCCAAGGUGCAGCUGACAUUUUGGAGAACACUUUGUUCCAGCCAAAAUAAAGGAACUGAUUUUUAGUGUUUUAAUAAUGUAUCACAUCUCAUACCUGUCUGCUUUCAUAAAGAAGUGAGCAGCAAUUAUGUAGGGAAGAUGAUGUGUCUGUGUGGUUUAUUUGACUUCAUUUUCAGAUAGUGGAAAAUGUCGCACAACUAUAGCAUCUCAAAGCAUUGUUGCUGCAGUCUUCUGUUCAUGUAGUCGACAAAUACAGAAAGGGUAAGUGGGAGCUAUGAAAAGUGGGGAAGAUGUAAAGAAAGCAUAGUACUAGGUUGGCAUUGCUCCCUGUGUUUAAUGUGGACAGGGGCAUGUACUGCAGAUAUUCAAAUGUGCUAAUCUUAAAUUCUUUACUUGAGAUCUCUAAGGUCACCACUUCUAAUGUAUUUGGGUGGCAAGUUCUGUUUUGCAGGUUUCUUCAUAAUGUUGUUUGUUGUCUGAAUGGAAUGGAAAGCAUUUAAUUUUUUUUUCUUGCUGUCUGUUUUUCAUCUGUUUGAUGUAUAGAGACUACAGCAUCUCGCAGAGGUACCAGAUGUAAAUAUCAAGCCCAGGUACUAGAAGCAGCCUAGCUACAGAGAGCUCAGAGGUUAAUUUACCAUUCUAAUCACAAGCUAAUACUGCCCUGAAAAAUCACUACCCCAUCUGUAGUGUAUGUAGUGGCUACAUAUUAAAUUCCAUCUGCCAGUUAAUCUUACACUUGUAGCCUUUUAAUUAAAAGAGAACUCAGAAUUAUAGCAAUACUUGAGUUGAACUUCUCUACGUGGCUGGAAGGUGACAUUGCAAGAAAUGUUAGUUUCUUACUAUUCUUCUGUCUUGGGCUGACCGUAAUUUUCAGGGAUACUAAAACACAUAACAGGUAACUGGGUAGGAGAAAUGGCACAGCACUCUUAGAACAAAGCAAGAUUAAGUUGUGAUACGCGUAGGUUGCCAUAUGUUGAAUAUUUUGUUAUCACUACUCAUAGUAACCCUCGUCAUUCUGGGAACCCUACUGUGGUAGAGAGAGAGAACAAACAGCAGUGGUGUCACUGGCUCCCAUGGCAGCAUUUUCAGCCUUGUGCUGUUUGACAUUAUCAUUGCAAUGCCAGGGCCUCAUGUUUCCUUCUUUGUGGAAGAAUUUUCACUUAUGUUUUCACUGAUGCAGAGGAAAUCCUGGGAAUUUGAAUCCCCAAAAUUUAUAAAUCAGAAUGUGAAGGUCAAAAUUGUAUUUGAAGACAGUCUCAGGGUAUUUUUGGUAUCUGACUUUUGAUCUUUCUGAACGGCUGAGAAAAAAUUUUAGACUAGUUUUGAUUUUAUACUCCCUUCAUUUUGGUGGCUUCUGUUACUGCGUAUUUUCUUUUAGUGAAAGAACAGCCAGAAUAUAUGCCGAAAAUGUGGGUGUUGGUAAGUUAAAUACCCACAGAAAAGCUAAAUGGCUCAGCAGGUAUAAAUCACUAUAUUGAUUCCCUUGCAUUUUUGCAUUCAGGUACAGAAAUGUAGCAACCCACACUGGAAAACUUUAAGUACAGCCUUGUGAAUGAGCCCACUGCUCCGUUUGUAGCAGGAGCAAUUGAACCUUUAAGUAUAGAAGAUUUUACAUUGUCUGGCAGAGUGGUGCUAACAUAACAUGAAGAGGGUUUUAUUGGGUGCAGUGGCGUCAGUCACUGGUGGUGUUUGGAAUGAGCACUGGGAUAGAGAUGUAGAAGACAAUAACUCCUGCUGUGCCAUUUUUUCUCUCUUUUGUUCCCUGCUGCUGUGUCUGCUGGGAACGGGUAGAUGCUCGUGCAGAGCAGGCACCAUCUCUGCUAAUGCUGAAACGCCUCAUUAUUUGGGACUAAGGCCAGAACUAGGCGGUGGCUCAAAGUCCGGGAAGAGAUCUGUAACAACUUCUGCACAGUACUUCCCUUGCUAGAAGCUGAGGAACAAGGCUGGUGUGGACAAGGCCUAUCUAAGGACACACAUUGCUCGGUGACCUUCUCAACCCGGCAGGUUCAGAUUGCAGAACUUUGUGCGAUGGAGACUGAGAUCAUAGUUAAUCAUUAUUGAGCUGGGUGUAGAUGGAAUAGUGAAAUGCUGGUCAUGUCAUUCUCUUGAAACAAUGACUUCGUUAGUUGCCAAGAAGCUAUUUGGCAUGUCCCCUUAUGUGAGUUCCCUCAAAAAAAAAAAGUUGGCUGGAAAGUGAACCCCUCACAUGGGAAGCGUUUGCAGCUCAGCUUGCUAGAAGGCUGAGAUAUUGCUGUGUUUACCCAGGUAAACCAAGUGCCAGGAAUUAAUUAGUUUCAUCCUAUGCUACACAGCAGAAACAGGAGAAGCGGCCCUGAUCUUGCGAUUGACUGUGCAGGUGGAGUCUUGCACCGUGGCGAGGUUUCCCAUUAUUAAAAAGCUUUAAAUCAGAGGUCGGGGCUCUAUUGUGAAUAGAUGAACCAAAACUCACACAUACCAGAUCUCACAAGCUUCUUUAUAAACAAACAGUUUAAAAUACUUAAAAUAAGUCAUGUGCUUUGUUGUUGAGACUUGUUGGAUUAUUUCCUUAAGCUGGAAGGGGAGUUUGUUUUAUUUUAUUUUGCAUUUGACCGUGCAUGAGUGAAAGCACACCUGAUGCAUAUUUAAAUGCAGGAGUGAUUACAAUGUUUUUCUGUAUUGUACUUCUGUUUGUGACUUGCUGGAAACUGGGUUUAUUUUAUUAUUUUAAUAAGCUCUUGUUUUUUGUUGCAAUUGCAUUUCUUGGCACAGUCACGGGAGAGACUUUAGCUGCCCGGCUGAGAAUUCUUUGUAAGAGCAACUCUCUUGCCUGCUGGGCAAACUGCUUCUGCUGCAAAUACACAAUUGUGAAUUCUUGGCAUAAUUCUAAUCUAGCAAAAGUGGAUUGUUCUUGGGAAAACAAGUUCCUCUGGCAUUUCAGAUUUCAUGUUAGGCUACAAAUGCAUAGAUGACUUUUAUACUCCUCUGCUAUGUCAAGGAAGACAUACUUGUUAGCUUACACUGAGGUUUCUGGUCAUCUUCUGUAUUCUACCUUGUUCCAAAUCAACCUCACUCUUUUAGUUAAAAAUUAUGACAUUGUAGUUUGUUUGAAUGUUCUGGUAUCUUACUCGCAAUAUUUCUUUUUCUGUCAGUUUCUGGUUUUGAAAAGGAUGCAGAGUUGAAUUCAUGUAAAUACAGUAUUUCUGAUGCUUAACAGGGAUCGCCUUAGGGAACACUUGUGGUCAGCAGCUUGCGGUUGAGUGGAAGGAUGCUAUGGAGUAAGUUGCUUGCGAGCAGGUCUCCCCUGUUCUUAGUCCAUUCUUUUUCAUCAGCAGUGUUCCAAGAAGGGUAUUUUAGCAGGAUGUAGCCUCUUAUGGCCCCUCACUCCACGUCUGUACCCUUCAAGAUUGCUGUAAGCACCAAGCCCGUGCCUGGCGUUCCUUCAAGAGAGCAGGAGCUUUAUGGCUGGAUGAGGACACAGUCAGCAUCUCUCUCUCCGUGUCCUCCUACUUGGAGAGCCUUGCUAUGCCAUAUGGGGAAUGAGAACACCCAUCAUCCUUCCUCAGAUGAUUUAUCAACCCCAAACAAGCUGUGUUUUCCUCUUGAUAUUCUUAGCCAUCUCUCGCAUGACGCACAUAAGGCAUUACACAGCUACCCUCACCUUUAUUGUCCUCUUCCCUGAACGAUCCAUAUUUGUCUACACCAGAAUCCCAGUUAUGUUUAAUACAGUAUUUGGGGGGGUUUGUUAUAUUUCCAGUUGUUCUGGCUCUUCCUUGAUCCUUUGUGUGUCCUUGAAGUAAGGUUUAGACAUCUCAGUUGUCUCUCACUGUUGAUGGACAGUUUCUUUGGCCAGACUUGGCACUGCCACGUCACCGACUGCGUUGCCUAUAUACCUGUUACUGCUUUUACCCUGUCUGCUGUUCUACAUGCUGAUUUGAAUUGUCCAUUGCCAUGUUUGUAAACUUUUGCAUUUCUUAGUUUAAGUUUAGUCUCUGAAUCGUGUCAGAUUGGAUGUCAGAGAAGGCCAGGACUGGCUCAGGAACUCUUGUUUUCAUUAAUGUGUGUCUCUGUGACCAAGCAUCCCUUUUCUCAGAGCUCUCUGUUCAUCUUUCCUUAUCUUGCUGUAACAUCUUCCCUUUCCUUCAAAGCCAAAGCUGAGGUGUUGCAUGCUGCAGUGGUGAAGAUCCCUGGCCUUGGCCAUUCUCUGUGCAGGUUUGGCUGAGCAUGGCAGAAAAAAAUAAUAAAAAAUAAAAAAGAGUUUGAGGACGCCCCUUAACAAGUCCGUAUUUUACUAGAAUGUAUGCCUUGUCUGCCUUCUGCCAGUAUCUGUGCUUGGUCUCUGCCUCAAAUAACUUCUUUUUUUAACUUAGGGGGGAAAAAUUGGCCGUGGGAGAGUGGAAGGGUGAUUGACAUCAGAUUCACAGAAAUAAAUGAAGCUGUCAGCAAAAGAGAGAGCUCUCUUUCUGCCCACAAUAAAAUACUGCGUGUCAAAUUGAUUGGUGGAUUUUUAUUUUUAUUAUGUCUCACCAAAUAGCUACUUAGGGAUAAGAUAAAUGUAUUUUGACUUCUUUUUUUUUUAUUUUUUUAAUCUACUUCAGAUAAAUAAUAAUUUUUUUCUACAGUGCUGUGUUUCCAGUAUUUCCUAUAAAAAGUGACCAGGAAAGGGAAUCCACUGUGAUGACACAAUUCAUUACAUGUUAGGAAUAUAAUACUCAAUACUAUGAGUUCUCUGAAAUAAAAUAGAAUGUAGUGCCUUUUGACGGAAUUGUGCUUUAUUUUAUCUUACUUAUGGCUCCUACCUAUUGCAAGGCUGGAGUAGUGGAUCCUCUUUUCUCAUCAGCUGAUGGGUUUAUUCUGAAACAAAGGUCUGUGGCUGCCCGGCUACUGGGAUUGUGCAGGUAGCUGAAGGUACAUUUUUGCUGCAACCAUCAGGUUUAUAAAGAUCUACGCUAUCCUGAAGUAUUUUGCAAAUUCAGUAAAGGGUAUAUUUAAACAUCAGAGCAAAUACAACCCAUCUGUGGGAGUGUCUGCAUCCACUAUGACCUGACCUAGCUGCCCGGAGUCCAAAGGAUUUCCCCUUUUCUGUGCUACUAUGAACUUUUUCAAAUGGCUGCUGCUUUCUGCAUUUACAUCAUUUUGGUCUCUGAGCACAUAUGCCUCUUAAAUAUUUUAAGUAUCAUAGGAGCCCAGAGGGUAGGUUGAUGCUCUUAUUUGGCUUGCAAGAUGUAAAGUGACUUUCCCAAGGUGAUGCAAAUAUUGCAGCAGUCAUACUCCCAGAAACAAAGUUCAUUGCCAUGAAUUUUAGUCCACUUUUUUUAAAAAAAGUCUCUCUGAUCUUACUCUGUCUGAUACAACCCAGUUUAGGGUGUUAUGAUUGUGAUUAUUCAGGGCCAAACCUUGUGCGGUCCAUAUGUCUAGUCAACACAGAGUUGUUCUGCCAAAUAAAACUAUUCACUGAAAGAAAUCCUUAGGAACCCCUGGCUGCCUCCCUGCUGUCAGCAAGUAGCUCUGUACGGGCUCAACCACUUGCACUUCACAAAAAGCACCAGAGAGGAUCCAGCCUUGAUCUGAAAAUCAAGAAGUCAAUGAUCUGCUGCUGUCCACAGCCCUCUGCAGGGGAGACCGGUCACUCUGGCUGCUCCUAUACUUGCUGCUUUCCCAUCAGAGCUUGUCUGGCUGUGUCUUACAUUGACUCGCCAAAUGCCUGUCCCUGCUGGAUUAACAGAUCUCGGGUCCUCACCGUCAUGUCCCUUUGAAGGUUUGCGCUUUGGGGCUCAUGGACCAGCCUGAGCUGCUAAAAUCUGGACUGUCUCCUCCAGCUUUCUGAAUACCACUUCGGCUCUCUUCCUGCGCAUCUCAAUCUUUUUGAUACCAUUUUAAAGAUCUGAAGACCAGAACUGAACUUGUAACUCCAUUUUUGCUAAUAUUAUUUUUUCUGAAAGGAUAAAAUAUAUCAGAGGGCUGUGUUAUCCUUCCUUGCCAUGUCCCUGUGUUAGGAGGUCGGGCACACUUGCCCAUGCACUGUCACUGCUGAGGCCUAUGGCUGGUCAGGCUUCCAGCACUCUGGAUGCUGGCUUUAAUUUCAGAGGUAUGGUCAGAACUUUUCAUCUGGUCAUUUUCAGUUUUAUAUUUGACAUUUGUAUAUUGUGCAUUUUUUUUUCCCUUCCCUCAGCCUUAGGGGAGUGUGUUUUGGUUUGUUGUUAUUUUCAAAUGGCCUCGAGUUGCAGUGAUUUGAUCUCUCUGUGUAACCAUGCUGUCCUCAUUCAUUUCUCUGCCAGUCUGAGUUACCAGCUGCAGAUUUUGAAAUGUUUAUUUCCAUCACUGAUGAUUUACACCCUGGAACAUCACUCUAAAUAUUGUGAUUUGGUGGUAUAUUCCUGUUUACAGGUACUUUGGAGACCUGUCAGGCAGCCCCAACAUUGACUCUAUACCUUACUGAAUGACAUAGCUGAGGUCGCUGAAAACAAAAGUAGCAGAGUUUGGUCAGAUGAAAAGGGAGUAGAUCUCAUGUACAGGCUGUUUACAUGUGUGGUUUGUUCUGUUCUGUUUCCAAGUAUGCACUGAAUGUGCUAUUCUUUAUGUCCUAAAUAGUAGCAGAAUAACCUGAUGGUUACUAAGGUAAUGAGAACCCACCGUUCUCUUACCGAUGCAGGUAAAUAAAGUAUGGAAUUUAAUUUCACUCUGUGUUACCUGAGGCAGCUCUGGCAUCUGAUAAAACAAAUGAUCUUCACAUUCUCCUCCGCUUCCCUUCUGAUUUUCACUGAAAGAUUGAGAUGUUUCUCUUUUUGUAAAUAAAUGAGGCUGCCCUGCAGAUGGAGGGAAGAAAGUAGCCCAAGAAUUACAUCCUUUGUCAUGCAGCUGUUUUUCCUCUGUGACUCAAAAUAUAUUUGCCUUUCUGCUUAAAUGCUUCUACUUCAUGUGAUCGGAAUUGAAGAUUUAACACCCAUAUGACUUCCUCUUUUAUUUUUCUCUUGAUACGCAACUUAUGUUUAUUAUCUGUUCUUGUGCGAUGGAUUGCAGGCAUAGCAUGAGUGUGAAUUCCAGAUUAAUUUCUUAAUCAAAGGAAGGAAACUUCCUUUUUGAUUGUGUAUCAAAAAGCAAUAUGGUAAAAAUACAAAUUUGCUGACACAGUAACACCAGUAGAUGAGUGGGUGAGAUACGUACCUGGUGAAAUGAUCCUUGACAAGAAUUGUCACUGCCCUUGGGAGAGCAGGCAGCAAACAAGAAAUCCAAAGGAGCUCUGACCACUGUGCAAACAGGCAACACUACACCCCAGACCAUCUUGACUUUUUAAUGGAAAAAGAGAAUCCGUAUCAAGCUACUCAGCAGCUCAUCAAUCACCUGAAUCCACCAGGCUGGGCAUGGGAGAUUGUAUCUGUCUCUUACAUACAGGAGGAGGAAGGAGAAACAGCGGGGGCACGGGAUGGAGUUGUGCUUGAAGUAAGGGAAUCUACUGCAGGAGAAAGGCAGCAGGUUAUGCUGAAUUAUGGGCCUCCAGAAUAGUGUUCCUGAUUUUUAUCUUUUUUUUUUUGCUAUAAAUUGUGAACAAAUUAAUGUCUUAGCCAUGUUAAAGUGAUAUCAAAUCAUGGGUGCUCUCAAAUGUAAGUUGCCAUGAGUGGGAUAUUUUAGCGUAAUAGCCAUUCAGAUAUCAAGGGUUUAUAUUCUAAUAGCCUACCUGGUCAGAGAAGGAGCGGGGGGGGUUGGCGGGGAUGAAGUGGACAGCUGGCAUAAUAUACAGAUAUUUGAACUCAGAAAUGAAAAGACAGCUGCUGGAUCUAAUUUUAAACAUAGUCUUGAUCAGAUCCCUCUAGAUCCUGGUUGUCCUGCUACAGCAAAGUCAUUAGCGGGAGUAGAGAGGAGUGAAAUUCAAGAUACUGAUAAAAAGCUUUUGUGAGAAGGGGAGUCACCUUUGUUCCAGUUAUGGUAUUUCCAUUUCUCACAGGAAGUUCAGAGCUGCCAAAAUUGCGAAAGGAAGACCAAAAAGCACGGAACGCGCUGUUAGCCGAUAUCCAGCAGGGAACUCGCUUAAGAAAAGUGACUCAAAUCAAUGACCGCAGCGCACCACAGAUCGAAAAACCCAAGGAAACUAACAGAGAUGGAGUUAAUCAAGCCAUUAAUAAAGGCAGCUCUCAGCAGCCUCUGGGAGGUUUAUUUGCUGGUGGCUUCCCUGUUCUCAGACCAGCGAGCCAGAGGGACAUGCCAGCUGGGAGGCCUGGGCAGCUUCCAGGGGUCCGAGCAGCAGCUCCCAAGCCCUCUGCCCCACCGACCUCCAGCACCGCCAAGGCGAGCAGUAACCCGUCGCACCCGGCUGAAGGCCCAAGGGCAGCGGCCCCACCGGAGCUCCCCAGCACCUCCCGAGCCGGAGCCGGCCCGGGGCGGCCCAGCCUGCCCGCCCCCCCGCCACCGCCUCCGGCCUCCAGCAAACCUUCCCUCGCCUUCCCCCCUCCUCCGCCUCUCCCCCCUGCAGCCGAGCGCCCUCCCAAGGGGGUGUCCCCCAGCGCUGCUCCUCCGCCCCCGCUCCCUCCUCCUCAGGCUGACAAACCCACCAAGUUCCAAGCAGGAGCUUCACACCCGCCCCCCCCUCCUCCCCUGCCCCUCGUUCCCCCCUGCGCGUUUCCCGGCAGGACAGCGGAUUUCCCUGCUGCUGCCUCUCCCUCUGAAGGAAGGGACUGUCCCCCUCCCACACCGCCACCCCCACCUCCUCCUCCGCCACACACGCACCCCCUGACGCUCCCCAACAGGCUCUCCUUGACGCCCUCCCCAGCCUUCGGCACUGCCGACGUGCCCCCUCCGCUGCCCCCUAAGUCCCCCAACUUGCUGUCGCAGCUCCACAAGCCCAGCAGUAUCCAGUCCCUGCCGCUGCCCCCCACUCCCGGCCUCCCCCAGCCCACGGCGGCGGUGGCCGAGACCAGGAGGAAGAGAGCCGGCCGAGGGGCAGGACCUGGUGCUGGGAAGCUUGUCACUCCUCCACAGCCACCAGCAAGAUCACCAACAACUGAACUUACAAGCAAGUCUGGAGUCUCAGCCUGGGCUGCAGCUCAUGACCCCUACCCACCACUUAAAAAUGGAAACAUGCACAUCACUGAUGACUUUGAAUCUAAAUUUACUUUCCAUUCUGUGGAAGAUUUUCCCCCACCUGAUGAAUUCAAGCCAUUUCAGAAAAUAUAUCCCAGCAAGAUAGCUAGAGAUCCCUCUAAAAAUCCGCCAUUAAGAACACAUGUAAGAUGAGAAGAGUCUUCAGAUGCUCUGUGGAUUUGCUAUUAAACAAGAAGAACAUCAAGAUAAUAUAUAAACCAGAAGGGGUCCCUAUUACAGUGAUAAGAGAUCAUAUUUGAAUUGCAAGUGCUGCAAUGUUAACAUUUUUAUAAACUGGGAAAGUGCUGUAAAUACUUUUUGAAUUGGCCUACAAACCACAGAAAUGUUAGCACAGGCUUUUAAAUUAUUGUAUAUAGGUGGAUAAUUUUUAAGCAAAGCAACAUAAAAUCUGAAUUCUUUGUAGUGUUGAAACAAUGCUCAUUCAUCAUGCUGACAUGUCACCCCAGAAUACUUUUUGCAUUACCUGCCUGUAGUUAAUUUUUCCUCUUCCAUCAUCAUUUUAAAGUAUUUUGGAAAUCCUCCAGUUAUUAUUCAGACAUUUUUCAACUAACUACUAGAAACUAAUGCGAUACCUUUAGUCUCCCUGUAUGUUUCUUCACUUCUUCUAUUCUGCCUAUCCUCAGAUUGCAGCAGAAUGGCACUUUCAUGAACAGAUGGGCCCACAAUCCUUUUCUCAUUAAGUGCGAAGAGGAAAGAGCUGAUGAGGAGCUGUGGCUGCUGUUGAGCCCACCUCUUAUUGAUUACAGAUCCUUAUAGGAUAGUGUCUGAAGAAGCCCAGCUGGGUAGAUUUGGUCAUGGACUUGACAAAAGACAACAGAACUUUCCCAGACUGGAGGAAAAGAAAGUUUUCUACUGUAAGAAAAAGAAAUAUGGUGUGUGUGAAUGCACAUCCCAUGAAUUAUGUACGUAAGGGCACGUGUCCUGUAUUUUUCUGCUGGCAAAGUGGAUAUUCACCCUUUGUGUGACAGACUGUCUUUACCCAGCAAUUAGGAGGCUUCUGGAUGAGGGGUCCAACACCUACAUUAUAAACAGACAACUACAGCUACAAUUGUUAACCCAAAGCACCAACAAAGAUUCAUUAUCCAAAACACACCAGGUGGAACAAACAGUCCCCAAAGUGGUUUCUCCCUUUAAGAGAGAGGGUUGAAAAAAAGUAACAACCUAGCAGCAAAGACAACUUGAGCUUCUGCUUUUAAUAUGCAGCCUGGGGUAAGGUCUUCAGAUCUGUUCAUAAGAUGUCUAUUUCCACCAAGAAUUACCCUAAUUUUUGUGCAUUUCACAGCAUGAGGAGGAAUGUUGCCAGCAAGGUUGAGGGAGGGGAUCCUUCCCCUCUGCUCUGUACUGAUGAGGAUAUACCUGGGGUACUGUGUCCAGUUCUGGGCUUCCCAGUACAAGAGGAGACAUGGACAUGCUGGAGAGGGUCCAACAAAGAUCCAAUAAGAUCAUGGAGGGACUGCAGCAUCUCUCAUAUGAGGAACAGCUGAGAGACCUGGGACUGUUCAGCCUGGAGAAAGCUCAGAGAGAAUCCCAUCAAUGUGCAUAAAUAUGUGAAGGAAGGGUAUAAACAUGGAGCCAGGGUCUUUUCAGCAGUAUUCAAUGACAUGAACAGCAGCAAUGGGCACCAAAUGAAACAGAGGAGGCCCUGUCUGAACAUCAGGAAACAAUUUUUGCCUGUGAGGGUGACAGAGCACUGGCACAGGUUGCCCAGAGACAUUGUGGAGUCUCACUCCUUAGAGAUACUAAAAAGCCAUCUGACAUAGUCCUGAGCAACUGGCUCUACAUGGCCCUGCUUGAGUGGUGGCGUUGGACUUCCAGCCAUCCCUCCUGAUCUCAAUCACUCUCUGGUUCCCCUUCUCACAGCUCUCCUCAGUUCCUGCACUUGGGUCACAACAAUCCCAUGCAACACUACAGGCUUGGGGAAGAAUGGCUGGAAAGCUGCUUAGUGGAAAAGAAUCUGGGGGUGUUGAUCAACAGCCAGCUGAAUAUAAGCCAGCCGUGUGCCCAGGUGGCCAAAAAUGCCAACAGCAUCCUGGCUUGUAUCAGCAAUAGCAUGGCCAGCAGGACUAGGGAAGUGAUCAUCCCCCUGUACUUGGCACUGGUGAGGCCACAACUCGAAUCCAAUUCAGUUUUGAGCUCCUCACUAUAAGAAGGACAUUGAUGUGCUGGAGUGUCCAAAGAAAAGCAACAAAGCUGGUGAGGGGUCUAGAGAACAAGUCUGAUGAGGAGCAGCUGAGGGAACUGGGGCUGUUUAGCCCAGAGAAAAGGAGGCUAAUAUCACUCUCAACAACCACCUGAAAGGAGGUUGUAACAAGGUGGAUGUGAGUCUCUUCUACCAAGUAACAAGUGAUAGAACAAGAAGAAAUGGCCUCAAGUUGCAGCAGGGGAGGUUUAGACUGGAUAUUAGGAAAAAUUUCUUCCUAAAAAGGCUUGUCAAAUAUUGGAACAGGCAGCCCAGGGAACUGUUUCAGGCACCAUCUUCAGAGAGGUUUAAAAGACAUUUUGAAGUAGCACUUAGGGACAUGUUCAGUGGUGGACUCAACAGUGUUAGGUUAAUGGUUGGCCACAAUGACCUUAGAAUCAUUUAGGUUGGAAAAGACCUUUAUGAUUCACCAGCUUGAAAAAAGACACUGCUGUUCCAGGGUGAGUCUGGUUUUAACAGCCCAACUCUUUACAGUUAUGGCAUUAAUUUAUAUAAUUGCCAUAAACUCCCCUCAGCUGCAGCUAUAGUAACAGUAUAGAUCACAGGUAAAGACCUUUCCCCAUGGCCAUGCCUUUGAAAAAAACUAUUUGGAAAAGACAGGUAACUGCAUCUUCACAUAUCUCUGCUUUUCUCUCAGUUCUUGCAACAGCUCAGUUACGCUGCAAGUCCUGCUCCUACACACAUGCUCAUGGUGUGGAGUGGUCUAAGGGUAAGAAGCUCUUCACCUGGAGGACUCUAAGAAAGCAUCAGUCUUUUUCUAGCCUAUUAUGAUACCUUGCUGUAUAUCAUGUGAAAAGAAAAAAAAUAGUGAUACUUUGAACAGUAAUUACUGUCACUGUAAUUAUUAUAGUUACUUGAUAAAUAUGCAUUAAUAAAGUAAUAAGCAGGGGUCAGCAUAUACAUUGCAUUACAAACACCUGGAAAAGUUUAAUACUGCUUUGAAGAAUAUUUUGCUAGAGUACUAUUAAAGGUGACUUAUUGUUGGUUCUUA